UGACAGAUCGGAAAAAUUAGUGCAAUUCCUUGAGGAGCUAACUGGCUAACGUCAGCUCACGGAGAAUGGCUUGCUUGAAACUUUACACAGUCCUGCUGCUGGCUGUCAUCGUUGGCAUCGUCUCUGCGAGACCAGGAUUCUUGGGUGGAUACGGAUAUGGCACCUACUAUCCAUUCCAUUACGGUAUCAGAUACCCGAUCUACGGUUAUGGACACGGUUUCGGCCAUUAUGGCUACCCGUCGUACGGUUAUGGUCACGGAUACGGUCACUAUGGCGGUUAUUACUAAUCGAAAAGGCGACCGUUUGGAUUCCACGAUUCUCAAGGAAGACGCGUUUAGAUUCGAUGCAUAAUAUCGACUCUAUUAUCGUAAUCUUCUUUCACUGAAAUAUAUAUGGAACAAUACUGUAUGCAAACACGUCGAUGGCAAUUGUUAUAGUUACUUUAUACCACAAAACUGCGUUUGAAAAUUGCUGAGCAAAAAAGCCGAGUAAAAUUUCUGUUCCUGAUGGACAAUCGGAUUCGCUUUGUACCUGAUUAAACUUUAUAAUCACCUUAUCAUCGUGUCGUCGAGCAAAUCGAGCAAAUAAAGCGUAGAUUUUAACGAAAGUGUCUUUUUUUCAAGCGUCUCAUUGACAGGUCUCGCAUAAACCUUCUCCUUAACACGUUCUCUAUGAUGCUGAAAGUAAAACUGCAAACUUGCUUGUUACAAUUGACAAACGAUAUUUUCGCGUACGAUUAAGCUACACGUUUAGUAUCUCUCUAAAUAUCAAAGGACGUGACAAAUUAAUUAUGCUC